ACAAGUGAAUGUCAUGAUGCGGGUUAGAUAAACCGGUCCCAUCCUGGCGCAUGCGCAAUGUGUUUUGUCCACCAAGUCGACAAGAAGCAUCUCUGUCGACGUCGUCCGGCGGGCAGCCGCACAUGCACGCGCGUGUACACCCAGAUAAGUGACUCCUCCGCUCCACCGACGACCAUCCGUGACAAGUUUCCUACAGCUGCAGCGUGUCUCCCCGAUGCCCUCAUUGUCCACGAGACAGGGUCAUGUUAACCUGGGGUGCUAGCCCAUGGCAGCUAGUGACGAUGGUACUCCACUCUUAUAUGUCUCUCCCCGUCUCUGAUUUCGUGUAUCACUCUGACCAUGCCCUCAACCUCCCCGACAUCUCCUUCCAAGUCCCCGGCGACGUUCCGGAGCUCCAUCCGGCGUGCCGCCGGUGAGCCCGAGCGGCAACGUAGCGCACACUCAGCUUAGUCCCAACCGCGCUCCUUCUCUGCCAUGGACGGACACCCGAAGCUGUCCGGCGAGACCUUGAUUGUGCACCACAUCCCCCUGGUGCACUGCCAGGUGUCGGGACGGCGGCAGGGGCUCUGCGGUGUUGGGGGGGGCUCCUUAAAGAGGAGCAACCCAUUUAGCCCCCCGGAGAACUUGUGCCUGAGUCGCACCACCUCCCUCCCAGAGAGGGACAUCCUCCAGAGGGAGGCGCUGCUUUACAGCAGCCUGAUCCAGACCUCCGCCCACAGCAGGGGACCCGAGAGGAAGGGCGGCGGCGGCAGCACGGCGAGCGACGACUCCUCUUUCACCUCCAGCAUCUCCGACGAGCAACUGAUCGCGGCUCACACGUUACCCCGAGUCAAAACCAGGAACCGCCACCCUCUACGUCGGAACCCAUUUCUGAUCAAGACCGACGACGACGAGUAUGAGGACGACGAGUACGACGACAACCUGAGUGGCUACCACGAGGACUCCUCCUUCCACCUCCACAGCCAGACCGACGGCGUCGCCCCGCCCUUCCGCCUGCACGACCUCGGCUUCGCGUCGGAGUCAUGCUAUCGGAAUGACGCGACCCGAGACUCGGACCCGCCGGAGCUGGGACGGCGGCACGGCAGCAGCGGCUCCAACAUGUCGGUGGACUGCGGCGAGCACGAUUGGGAGGACGACGAGGACGGAGAUCAUCCCAUGCCGUGCGGUCGGAGCAGCAAGACGGGCUCCUACUCCUCCGGCUUAUCGACGCGGCACUGCUCCUGCUGCGCGCUAACCCGGAGCCUCCGCCGGGACUCGCCCCGGGACCUCCCCGACGCCUUCCCCGAGUGCCCGCAGGGCUACAGCAGCGACUCGUCGUGCAACAGUUCGGACGGCGUCCUGGUCAACUUCAGCACCAUUUACAACAAGAUGAACAACGGCGUCCCCGAGAAGCCGGGCAAUCUGAACAGCCCCGCCGAGUGCCCCCCGCCAGUUGACCAGCAGGACCCAACGAGGGGCGCGUUCUACUUGGACCUCCUCACAUCGCCAGCGGAGCCUCCGCAGACCUUCCCGCUCGGCCGAGAGCCUCCGCAAUCCGCCUUCUCCGCUUGCUCCUGCUCGGCCGAGCACCGGGCCGCCCUGGAGCUGGACGGCAACUGCAACUCCUACUGUCCGCCACCCUGCGGCUCCGCGGGCGGGCCGGUGUCUUGCCUGCAGAGUCAAGCCCGCCUGGUGGUGGCCACUCAGAAUUACUACAAGCUGGUCACCUGCGACCUGUCGUCGCAGUCCUCGCCCAGCCCCGCCGGGUCGUCGGUCCACAGCGGCUCCGAGGAGCAGAGCGGGGCGAGCCCCUCCAGCCCCACGCGGCCCAGUGAGUACUUCCUAUUCCGGCAGAGGGACAACCAGGAAGUGGAAGAUGAAGAGGAGGAUGAAAAGACAAUGACGCCGCCUGGAAACAUCCGCACGAAAGAUGAUGAGGAUGAGGAUGAAGAGGAGGAGGCGCUCGACGAGCCAGACGCUCCUCCCGUCCUGCUCCAAGGCCAAGUGUACGUCAACGUGUCGCCCCCGCUGGCUGAGCGGGGCGCCCCGGAGGCCGCCGCCGCCGCCACCGGCAGGCCGCGCUCUCGCAGCUAUGACCGCAACCUGGACAAGUCGCCGGGGCCGCGCCUGGGCUCUCUGGAGCGCAUGCUGAGCUGCCCGGUGCGCCUCAGCGAAGGGGGCGGCGCCCUGGCCGCGCCGCCGCCCCCGCCCCGCGUCACCUCCUUCGCCGAGAUUGCCCGCAGCAAGCGGCGGCACGGCGGCUCGCCGUCCCUCAAGGCGGAUCCCUUUUCCUCCACCGAGUUCUCGCCCUGCCGGGAGGGCGCAACAGCGGCAGCGGCGGCGGCGCCCCCCGCGGCCUGUUGCGCCCAAGUUGCCACCAGUGAGACCAACGCUGAAGGCGGCCCCUCGAGCUGGUCUGACGUCCAUCCAGCUGUGGUGCGCUACAGCAAAGACCGGCGCCCGACCUCCCUCCCCAUCCAGCCCUUCACCUUCCACCACCAGCUGGCCUCCAAGCCCCCCCAGCCCAAGCCCCUGCACCCCCUGCCGACCGACUACGUGCCCGCCAUGCAGCCCCGCUCCGGCUCCGGCGGCACUGACGACGACGAGGGCGAGGACGCCGCUGAAAACAAGCAGCAUCGGGGGGGCCUAACCAGAUCCACGGCUCCCCCCGGGCCCGUCCGGCCGUCGCCCCUCGGGAGUUACUCGCCGCCGCGCCUUCAGGAGGGAGCCGCCAGCUCCGGGACCUGCUCCACGUGCACCCCGACGCCGCCUCCGCCUCCCGCGCUCUCCCGCCGCCCGCACAGCGGGGCGCACACGGGGCCGCCGCCGCCGCCCCGCACCCCUCCCCCCGCCGGCCUGGCUGCGAAGAGGGGAGUGGCGCCCCCCACCCUGCCGCCCGUGCACCGGGACACUCUCAGCCCCCUGGGCUGCCUCAAGGCCGGGAGCGUCGUGGAUGGAAGCAAAGCUGUCCGGAUGCAGAAUGCACACCACCUUUCCCCCCAGGCAUUGAAGUGGCGGGAAUACCGACGUCAGAACCCUCUCGGCGGCGAGAGACCGGCUAGCGUCUCCUCCUCGGAUUCGCGGCGUCCUCCCCGACGCAACGUCUUCAAUUUCCCUUCCGCUCCCCGUAGCCAGCCGACGGGACGCCAUCAUGUCAAGCAGACGCAGCAAAGUUACGGCGACUUCCUGCCGGAUUACUUCUCUCUGACCGAAAGGCCGCCGGAGGAGUUUUGCCUUUCGCCGGACGCCUCCACUGCUUCGUCCUUCUCCUCAUCUUCCGCUGCCUCCCAGUUGCAGAUCUCCGUCGAUAUGACGCACAAGAGAGGUUUGGUGAAGGCGGUCAACACGGCCGUAGAUCUGAUCGUGGCUCACUUUGGCACAAGUCGAGACCCUGACGUUAAAGCGAAACUCGGCAACAGCUGGGUGAGUCCCAACGUGGGUCACCUGAUCCUCAAGUACUUAUGCCCGGCGCUGCACGAGGUGCUGCAGGACGGCCUCAAGGCCUACGUGCUGGACCUGAUCAUCGGGCAGCGCCGCUGUCAUCCCUGGAGCCUGGUGGAGGCCUCCGCGCAGCUGGGCCCGUCUACGCGCGUCCUCCACCAACUGCUGAGGAAGGUGAGCCAGUUCUCGGAGCUGACGAGCCACAGCAUGAGACUCAACGCCUUCAUCUUCGGCCUUCUCAACAUCAAGUCGUUGGAGUUUUGGGUCAACCACCUCCUGACACACGAAGACAUCAUCGGCGCCCACUACAACGCAUGGGGCCUGGUCCCGCUGGCUCAGGGUGCGUGUCAGCAUCUGUUCAGCGAGCUCCUUCUAUUGCUGCAGCCCCUCUCGCUCCUCCCGUUUGACCUGGACCUCCUGUUCGAACCCCGACUCUUGGCCACGGGGCUCGAGCAGCAGAGGCGACGUAAGGAGCUGCUCUCCUCGGCGGGACAGUCCACCGCCCGCUCCACCCUGCAGCUGAUGCGGGGCUGGGGCGCCGCCGUCGGCGACAUGGUCAGCGGGAAGGAAAGGGCGGCGCUGAGGCAAGGCGGCACGUGGCCCAGGACGGAAGCCUCCAGAAGGGAAAGUGGGGGCGAUAACGGGUCCGAGGACAGAGGGACAGGUGACCAGAGGAUGAAGGGAGUGGGGCAAGAAAGUGAGGAAACGCAUGUCGGGAAAGACCCCGCGGCAACGGACGCGGGGCGGCAGCGUCAGGACCGCCAGGCCGGAUGGUGGUACCAGCUCAUGCAGUCCUCCCAAGUCUACAUCGACCAGUCCGCACAGGGUUCCAAGUUUGCCAGGACGGACAAGCGCAGGACGUCAGCGGAGCGCCGCCCCUGCCGCCCGCCGCCCGCCAGGGAGGGCGUGGUGGAGGGCGCCGAGUCUGGAUCCGGGGGGCGACCCUCCUGGAUGGGUAGCCCGCCCGAGUCCAUCCUCAACCAGGAGGCGACAGCGGGCGGCAGUCCGGCCACCGAAGUCCGACUGGAGAGCGCCGCUCGGGACCAGGGGCUGCGCUGGGGGCGGCUGUUUGGAGCCGCUGUUGGCUCUCCCACCAAGACGGACGGCAGUGAAGCCAGGGCUAAAGCCCACAAGAGCAGGCUGCCGUCGGGCUGGCUUGGCCUUGACUCAUCAGUUUUGGGCCUCAUGGCCCAGACCGUCGGUGCCGGAGGUGGGCAAAAGGUAGAGUCUGCGGCUGCCAACGACCCAACUGGGGCAGUCUCGCCCAACGACACCCAACCCAGCGAGACGAAAGUCUCGACAUGCGAAGUGCGAGCGCUGUGCCACCACAUCGCCACGGAGGCCGGACAGCUCAGCUUCAACAAGGGCGACAUCCUGCGUGUGCUGAGCAAGGCCGAUCCCGACUGGCUGCUCUGUUCUGUCGGCGCCGCUCGGGGCCUGGUGCCCAUCGUCUACGUCUCGCUCUGCAGCAUGGGAGAGAGCCAGGCCGGUGGCGGCUCGAAUGGUAGCUGCGGCGCUGCUGGGAAUUCUAGUGGCGGUUAUGAAUGUUGAUCUCGGAAGUCCCUCCACAGGAAAUAAGAAGCGGUCUCCAUUGACACACGUGAGCAUGCAAACAUCCGUAACCCAAAGACACCCGCACACCAACUGGACCUGUCAUCAUGCCCACCAAUAUUAUUAUUGUUAUUAUUAUUAAUAUUGUGAAUACAGAUACAUCAGGUAGUCACUUCCGUGUGUGUGUGUGUGUGUGUGUGUGUGUGUGUGUGUGUGUGUGUGUAAGUGGGAUGGGCCAUCGUGAUGUCACAGACUGAGGCUGCUAUACUCCGAUUCUCCACUAGAGGACAGCACAGGAAUGGGCGUCAAAUGUGCGGUUGUCAAUUAAUCGUGUCUUCAAUCAUAAAAGUCAAAUGAAUAUGAAUGGUCAUGGCACCAUCAAGGAAACAUAGUACUUCCUGUAACGUCACUGGAGUUAGCCCAAGUAGCUUAGCAUGCUACGCUAAAACCAUCCUAUGGCGGGGUGGGGCGGUAGUUGCUUGCUGACGAUUCCUCGAGUGUUUGAAUGUGUUUUGUUUUUGUCAGCAAUAGUUAGCAUACAAGUUUAUUAAGGUUAGCGCUUUGGCGACAAAGUGCUCCGGAGGAACAGCAAACAUCAAAACGUUGCAGAGGAAAGUUCAUAGUAUGUUAGCAACAUUAGCUUACCUGUUUUUUGUUUACACUUGACUGUGAAGGAGUCAGCUUCUCUUUACGCGUUUGAAAAUUAAGAACGUAAACAAAAUGGGAUGCCUCAGCCAUCAGUAACAAGGAAUUUCUAUGCCUGUAAAAUGCUAGCACGUUAUCAUGUAACAUUGCACAGUUGACCAUUUCACCCAGGAUCAGAUCAUUUUCAAUGUAUCAAUGUUUGAUUUUCUCCUGGAUUUUCCCCUCGGCUCCCAACCGCUCGCCCGGUUGUCACAGUAAUGGCUCAAAUUCAUUUUUAGCAAGCUAGCAUCCAAGAAAAAAGAAGGGAAUUUUGCACUGUUCGGACACUUUAUUGAGAAGGUUAGCUUAUUUGCUUGCUUUUCUUGUACAGUUGAAACUAUUUAAUAAUGCCAACGGUAUUCAAGUGUAAAUAUGUUAUUAUCCAGGAAGCGUAUGAAGGCGACACUCAUCGGUGAUUGGUCGCUCUGUCUUGGCCCCGCCUGCCCUGCCUGUAAAUAUCUUCAUCAUCAUCUUCUUGUGUAUGUAUAAUGCUAACCGGCUAAUGUGGCUAACUAAAGUGUGACCACGUGA